AUGUCCGCUAUGUCGGGAUCUUCAUGGGAAGAGUUGCGGAAGCAAGCCCGGCUGCUUGAAAAUGACAUAGAUGUAAAACUGGUGGCAUUUAGCAAACUCGGCGUGAGCUCCAGUAGUUCUGGGCUGAGCUCGGAGAGUGUGCCUCUCAUAAACAGUGAUGACAUGUUUGACACAAUGUCUAUGGAGCUCCAACAACUGUUAAAUAAGUUGUCCUCUAUAAACGACAAAAUGGCAGAUUUGGCUCCAAGUGGAACAGCUACAAUGCACACUAUAAAGAGACAUAGAGAAAUAUUAAUGGAUUACCAGCAGGAGUUCUCGAAGACAUCAGCGCGAGUGAACGCGCGGCGUGAACGUGAGGAGUUGCUGCGCGGCGCCAGCCCUCCGCCCGGCGCUACAAUCGGACUCUCGCGCCGUGACCAGUACUCCAAGGAGGCCAACCAUCUACACAGUUCGCACAUACUAGUGGAUGAACAAAUCAACAUCGCGAUGGAGGCGCGCGAGCACCUCGCCUCACAACGACAGACAUUUAAACGAAUGCAGACCACAUUCAAUAACAUCACUAACAGAUUUCCAAUGCUGAACAGUUUAAUCUACAGGAUCAAUGCCCGCAAACGUCGCGACUCACUCAUCAUAGGUCUCGUUGUUGCGGUCUGUACAUUCUUGUUAUUGCUCUAUGCAUUCCACUGA